GCUCCAGGGGCGCGCAGGUUUCACUUCGUUCCGCGCAGCCUCGGGGUUUCCAGCUCGUACUAGUGCUGCGUCCAGCGCUAGCGCCGCCGGAUUCUUGCAGCCACCUUGCGAGUCCUGCUACACUGCAGUCAGCACCGUCUCGGGCUGUUCGGUUCACCCCGCUCCCGCCGCCGCCGCCUCGGCGCCCUUCUCCUGGCCCUCGUCCCCCCAAUGUCUCACUCUGACUCUCGGACUGAGAAACGCAAGAAAAAAAGACCAAAUGGCAAAGCAACCUUCCGAUGUAGGUUCUGAGUGUGACCGAGAAGGUGGACGGUUGCAACCUGUGGAGAGACCGCCCCAGCUCAGGCCUGGGGCCCCUACCUCCCUACAGACAGAGCCGCAAGGUAAUCCCGAAGGCAGUCGGGAAGGCGAAGGGGACCGCUGCCCCCACGGCAGCCCUCAGGGCCCGCUGGCCCCACCGGCCAGCCCUGGCCCUUUUGCUACCAGAUCCCCGCUUUUCAUCUUUGUGAGAAGAUCCUCUCUGCUGUCUCGAUCCUCCAGUGGGUAUUUCUCUUUUGACACAGACAGGAGCCCAGCACCCAUGAGUUGUGACAAAUCAACACAAACCCCAAGUCCUCCUUGCCAGGCCUUCAACCAUUAUCUCAGUGCAAUGGCUUCCAUGAGGCAAUUUCAGGCUGAACCUGCAGAUAUGCGCCCGGAGAUAUGGAUCGCGCAGGAGUUGCGGCGUAUUGGAGAUGAGUUUAACGCUUAUUACCCAAGGAGGGUAUUUUUGAAUAAUUACCAAGAGGCCGAAGAUCUCCCUCAAAUGGUUAUCUUACGACUGUUACGUUACCUUGUCCGCCUGGUGUGGGGGAGGCAUUGACAGGCUCUUCUCGGAGCUGAGAUCUGUGCAGACAUUUCGCUUGUUCAGACCAACAAGCCCCAGCACCGCAGUCUCCUGGUGCCAUUCCUAUGCAGCCAGCGGUUCUUCCCCAGAGAAGGAGGAGUGCGGAGGGGCGGGCGACGGACGUGGUCAGAAGACAUCAACCUGGAUGUGACCUUGACCUUUCUGUUCCUCAACACAGCAGAAUUUUCUAAUGGAAUUUGUGAAUGUAAAUGAGGGAGAAUUCUUUUUUUAAAUGUACAAACCAUGGUUCUUUGGAGCAGGAUUUUAUGCAAGAAUGGUGUUUACAUGUGGUGUGUUUUUUUCCCCCCACCUUCUUUAACAAGAACAGAUUUUUCAAAAAGGAAAUGGAAACUUUUUAACCAACUCAUGAACGAUUUUUGUACUAAAAAUUUAAGAACCUAUUGCCUAAUCUCAGAGGAUUAUGUAAACCCUGCAGUGGAAACUGAGCCAGCUAAUUUAUAAAGCUGCCUUAGUUUAUUUUUAGAGAUUACAGAAGUUUUAAACAGGGAGAAGUGUGAUAUGCCCUCUCUCUUCCCUGCCAUUGCCUCUUUCACCUUUUUUGCAAUUAUUAAUACCAAAAGAAUUCUUGUGAAAUGAAACUGAUUAAAGGGGCAAAAGGUCUGUUGUCAGCCUGCAUUAGUACGCCACUCCCUUUUUGUAAAUACUUACCUCCUUAAAUUCAGUUGCAUCUGUGGCAAAAUUUCAGACUAUUUUUGUGUGUCUUUCCUGAUCUACUUUUUGUGAUGCUCCUCGGAUGCACGGAUUUGGUCCAGUGUGUUUUCAUGAUAAAAUGUAAUGGGGCCAGAACAAGAAUUAAUAUCUGCCUGUAUCACACACAGCUCCAUCCGUCUGUUAUUAGCGGAAGCACCGGGUGCUGGUUUUCAUUCAGUUUUGGUGGGGGCAUCGUUUAUAAGCAUUUGGAAGAGGUAAUUGCAGCCCUAACAGCAGACAAGGAUCAUGCUCCUGUGUCCUGUUGGCUUUUCUGGCUACAGGCUUUCCUGUGGUCACAGGAUGUAUUGUCAGCAGCGGGGUGCAGACGGUCACCGUGCCCCCAUGCAGCACAGUCCUGCUGCAGGUGACUGAGCUCUCGCCCUCGUGGAGAUUGGCACAGGCCAUGGGCGGGGCUUCAGAUGGCCACUCCCCAGGUCUCCUGGCUUUUAGUCCAACCCAGAGUCCACCUGGCCUGUGAUGCUUGGCACUUGGUCCUCAUUCCUCACAGUCCACUUUGAAAUACAGGCUUAAUCCCUCUUCCACCAACUGUAUAAGAAUUUCAUUGGGCAGAAGUCUCUUGUUCCAUUUCUCUUGGGAUAGUUGGGCUUUGUCAGGCCACGCAUGCCCCCGCCUCUGCAGGGUGCUUUUCCUUAUACCUGCCCUUAGGAUCCUACCUGCCCAUAGGACAGGUAGGCAGACACCGGGGGAGACCCAGGAAAGAGACAGAUUAGGGAGCUGCAAAAGGAAGGGAAGAGGAUUCUGUGAGCCCCGUAACUCUUAAAAUUUUUGAAAACUCCCAUCAUUAAGCAACUUUUUAAAAGAAAUUCAUGACUUUUCAAAUGACUCAGCAGUGCCAACAACAGUCGUAUUUACUUUUGCCCCGUAGAGAACCAGUGUUUUCACAUCAUUAAAUUAAGUGGAAAAAUCUAUUCACUUGUAUCUUCAUAUUUUUUUAUAUAUAUACAUAUAUAUAUACUGCAUAUAUACUUUUUCUUUUAGGUAGAGAUGAUUUGAUUCCAAAUAUUCUUUUAAAAAUUUUUCUUUUCCCCCAAAAUCUCCUUGGGCUUUUGAAUAUUUGUAAAGCUGUGUUUUGGAGCUCAGCUUGUUCCCUGACGUGUCUUGAACCCGCUUGUAGGGUCACACCAAGUCCUCGGCUGUGAAGUGGUGGGAGAGCGGCAGCUGUGGGCCUGCUGGACACACACACACCAAAGACGAGUUUGGUUCUGGGCCCUCCCCCAGGAUCCCCGUGCUCAUGUGCCAGUCUCUGACUGGAGCACUUUACUCUGUUCCUCAGCCCUGCGGCUCCCAGGAGCCGAGGGGCGGCCCGGGGCGGGCGCAGGAGGCUCAGCCUGCCGGGUGCCCAGGGGCUGUGCGCACCACAGGGGCCUGUUUACCUCUGGCCCGGCAGCCCUCCCGGCCUCCAGGACGGCUGUGGAAGCAGCUCCUGAGGAAAUCAGAGAUUCUAUGAAUUGAAGAAGUAUUAAAGAACAGGUUGUUGGCACCAGAACUUAGAGAGAUGGCUGGAUGUCUCUGUACUGUAUGUAUCUGUUUAUCAAGAUGCCUCCCUUACCGAAAGGAUGCCUACCUACCAUGGGUAUACCUUUUCCUUUUUAUUUUUUAUUAUUAUUUUUUAAUUUUUUUUGUAGAAAAAAAAUAACUAGAUCCCUUUUUUGAAAACUUAAUGCGGGUUUUGUGCCUUGACAACCUCUUCCCAUGUGAGGUUUGUAAAAAGUGUCCUGUGACUCAACACAAAAUGCAAUAAAUACACACAAAAUAACUUCAUGAGUGAUUCUUCAGAUUUCCUUCCCAGAAAUGAGUUGAUGAAGAAUUUGGGGGUCGGGGGGUGGGUUGUGGAGAAAUUAGUUUAAAAUUCCUUCUGAGUUAAAAAAAAAAAAAAGUACACAGUGGAAUACAAUUUUCUGCUGUUUCCCCUUCUUAAUAUUGUAUAUAUUUUGACUAUUUAUUAGAUUAGUAUGUCAUAUUUUACUUAUCAACUGAGCCAGAUGUCUGUGUGCAAUUGUGUUUUCUUUACCUUUCUUGUAAAAUUUUGUACAGCAUAAAUGAGUAAAAAUCACUGUUUUUCUAAACUUUUUCAGAACUGAAGAUUGUAAAUAUUGUAGAUUCUUUUUCUGUGUAAUGUGUGCUACUGUUUCAUAAUGCUGUAACUUGUAGAAAUAUUGUAUAUUUAUUUUCUGCUUAUUUAAUGUCUUAAAUUCUGAGAAGUGUUGACAUCCCUGCCCCCCACAACCCUGCCAUCCCACAGAUUGCUUUAACUCCCAAGGUGUGAGGUGGUGACCGGUGAGCUCACUGCAGACCACGUGGUCUUCCAGCUUUGGGUCCUGGUAUUUCCAGUCAAAUGGGUUUCAGUUCUUGGGCUUUGCUGCCCCUAUAGUGAAGUUUGUGUUUAGAUGACAAUGAGAAGCAGUAAAUCUGGCAGGCUACAAAAUUCCACGCCCAAGAAAUACCCAGCAGCCUUCUUUUUGUUCAGAGCAGCUAGCUUCUCAUAGAAGCAAGUUUUGCUAACUCCAGGCCUUAUCUUUGAAAAGAAAAAUGUAUUAUCGGCAGAUGGGAAAGAUUUUUCACUGAAAAUUUAUCCCUGACAACUCAGUAUUGAGAGAAAUGAAAAUGUGCCACCUCUGGAGAUGCUGCCUUGUGGUUGUCCAGGGCAAGGGACAGGUGGGACAGGCGGCUCCUGCCUGAGGACCACCUCAUGCCACUGACCCCUUGUUGGCAACUGGUGAUAGUUGGGUUUCCCCACCUGCUGUGUGUCUUCCUGUGCUUUGAGGUGUGGACUAAACUGCCUUCAGGAGCUAAUUGUACGCCCCCCCCAUUUGGUCACUGCAUUUGGUCAGCCUGCUUCUUCAGGUCCAUGCCCUCCCCUUCUAGAGAGGCUGGGAGCCCCCCAGGACUGGGUGUCAAGAUGUGAAAGCUCAUGGAAGCUUUAGGGAGACUUCCUAGGGGUUCCGUGUGGGUGGUUGUGCCAUCCCUGCUGAUUUAGCCUGGUGCCUGUGUGUGUCACUUGGCACACACGUGUGUGCGGGAUUUGUCCCCACGCAAUGCUAAAUCGUUUGGGGUCUAGUCCAAACAGCAUCGUGUGUAAGAAGCAUCCUGAAGCAUCCUCAAGCUCCCAGCUAAGUAACUUGACUACUUUUAUUUGGGAAUUUCAGACUUUAGAAGCUCUCUUAGGUUUUAUGUCCAGGUUCUGUGACCACUAGUUACUGUAUCAGAACUCAUCAGGUACCCAUUUAUAAAUAGCACUGAUCUGUUUGUAUACUGAUCUUUCACUAACUUGUUUCUAGGACCCAGCAUAUGUAGCAUUUGUAUUGCAAUUUCCCUGGCUUACUUGUGUUUUGCACUGAUGAAUUUUGACAGGGUAAUUGCCACUUUACUUGUGCAAUACUGCUGUAAAUAACUGCAGAUUUUUUUAAUAAACUCAAUCUUUUAUGUUCUUAAUGAAUUUUAUAUAAAUAAAACUUUCAACUAGU